AUGCCAUACGAUGAACUUUCGUCUGGACCGAAUCCGUUCCCCAGCCAUGUGGACAACCCUCUACCUUCUCGACACGAGAAAGACGACCAACAAUCCCUCCAUAGCCGCGACCGGCUAGAGCUUCCCAGUGAUGCUCAGGAUUUCGAUACGACCGACAGCGACACCGACUCCACCUCCGUGACCUUUGCCGCCAACCCAGAAUAUUAUAAUCACUUAAUGACCAACAUCGCUCUCUGGCAACGUCGCUCUACUACGACCCCGCAGCCGGGGGACUUGUGGAGCAUCCUCGACCCCGACGACCUCGCGACCAUGUCAUGGGACGAGUGGAUCCCCCUCGUAUUCGACUCCCCCUCUGACCGCAGCAUGGCCGGAUAUGCGGGACGUGACAGCUAUAGCUGGUCCAACAGUCCACCCCUCCAAACCCUCCGUCCCGCUCACCUGCUUCGACGAGAGGCCCUGGACGCUGAGCCUGGUCCGGCACUCCCGGCUCCUCCGUUCCCCAACCCACUUAUCCCGCGCAUUGGCUGCCUGGACAACGGCAGUUUCUCGAUCCUCGCCGUUCCAGUCGACGUGGAGAACCCCCUCAUAUGGACGCUCACGGCACCCAUCCUCGGGGACGUACACAUAGGCAUACACAUUCGUAUGGAGUACGCCAGCACCUGGGUGUGCGGCACCGUUCGGUCCAUAUUCCGACUGCACGACGACUGCGUCACUGUGACGAGCGACGUGCAGGGGAACGCCCGUUGGGGUUACCAACUACUUAGACAGCCGGAAUGUCCAAGUAAUCGGGUAGAGUCGGUUGGAAAGGCAGCGUCGUCGGCACUUACUUUAGGCAAGAGUACACGCAGAAAAGGAGGAGCUGAGCUCGACUCAAGGUCACUGGACACGAGGUCGACAGCUACGCAAUAG